AUGAGGUCUUGUUCGAGUGGGGAUAACGAGUACGACACGUGCGGGAAUGCGUCCGAGACUACUGAUAUGGGUGACGAUACCCACGAGAACUGCGUCUGCCCAGACCCAGAGACUUCUCAGGGUGAUGCUCCCGGGUUUAGGUGCACAGAGGAUUUCAUCGACAAAAUCUUUAGUACGGAGGAAGAGGCUUAUGCGGCAUACAAGCAAUUUGCCUGGCUACGGGGGUUUGGCACAAGGAAUGAGAAACACUACGAUUGUCCAGCACGAGUACGGGAGGAGAAGUUGGAGAGUCAGACGGGCUGUUUGGCAAAGCUGAAAAUUUACUUUGACAUGCAAGACCAGGUUUGGAAAGUCUGUAGGAUAGACGACGAUCAUAACCACCCUCUGGCUCCAACCAUGUUUAGUCAUCGGAAUCUGAGUGAGUCUGAUAAGGCCCAAGUUGAUAGUCUAAAAAAGUUCGAGAUUGUCACAUCUAAGAUUAUGGCUUACAUGGCUGGGCAGUCAGGGGGCUAUAGGAUGCUUCGGUUUACGAAGAGGGAUCUGUACAAUAUCAAAAUCUACACAAUGUUGUUCAACAUUAAAUUUCACCUAGCUGUUUCAAUCCAAAUAUACAGAAGAAUUCCAAGUAAUUAA